GCUGCCCUCCCCAGCCCCAGCGCCCCGCCACUCCCCCUGAUCCCCUCACUGGCCCUCCGCCGACCUCACCGCUCCCCAGGCGCAGUCGGACCCUGCGUCGUCACUCCCCGUCCCCGCUCGCGCUCCCCGCCGCCUUCCAGCGUCCACGUCGUGCCAACGAUCCGGAGAGCUCGAUCCUCAAGCCUGUCUCCAUCUAUCUGAAUUUUAGUGUUACAAGCCACCGCUCCUCGGUUUGUCCGCCAGAGUCAGAAGCGCGCUACGCUGCGCUGCGUGCAAGACUGCAAGGGCUUCUGCUCAACCCAAUCAUCCCACCGUCUCGGAUACCGCCGCAUCGCACCUUCACUUCAGUCGCUGAGAAAAGGAGGGAGAUCAUGGAAGUGGUCGCCUCAGCGCCGGGGAAGGUGCUCGUCGCGGGAGGAUACCUGGUGCUGGAGCGCCCCAACCCCGGCCUCGUCCUCAGCACCACAGCCCGCUUCUACGCCAUCAUUCGCCCGAUCCACGACGAACUCAGCCCCAACUCCUGGGCAUGGGCGUGGUCGGAUGUGAAAGUAACAUCCCCUCAGCUCUCCCGGGAGGCCACUUACAAGCUGUCCCUCAAGAAUUCAACGCUCCAAUUGACGUCUGCAAGGGAGUCUGCAAACCCUUUUGUAGAGCAGGCGAUACAAUUUUCCAUAGCAGCUGCUAAAGUGACUAUUACUGAUAAGGAGAAGAAGGACGCACUAGACAAGCUGCUGUUGCAAGGUUUGAACAUCACAAUUUUGGGUUGCAAUGAUUUUUAUUCUUACAGAAACCAGAUUGAAGCACGUGGUCUACCUCUUAGUCCAGAGGUAUUGCUUUCAUUGCCUUCAUUUUGUUCAAUUACGUUUAACUCGGAAGAUGCUAAUGGAACAAUGACUGGAGAAAAAUGCAAACCUGAAGUGGCAAAAACUGGACUUGGGUCAUCAGCUGCCAUGACUGCAUCAGUUGUCGCCGCUCUUCUUCACUAUCUUGGAGCUGUUAACCUUUCGUGUUUGGGUCAAUCCUCCAGUGAUAGUGUGACUGGACGAGAUCUUGACUUGGUGCAUGCUAUUGCUCAAAGUUCACAUUGUAUAGCACAAGGGAAAAUUGGUAGUGGUUUUGAUGUCAGUGCUGCUGUCUAUGGGAGUCAGCGUUACACAAGGUUUUCUCCAGAAAUACUCUCCUCAGCUCAGGUUACAGGUGGGAGUUGCUUGCCAGAUGUGGUAGCAGAUCUUGUUACACGGAGGUGGGAUCAUGAGAAGACCCAGUUUUGUUUGCCUCCUCUGAUGUGCCUGCUUCUGGGGGAACCUGGAACUGGAGGAUCAUCUACUCCGUCAAUGGUUGGAUCUGUGAAACAGUGGCAGAAGUCUGACCCUCAGAAAUCCAAAGAUACAUGGAGCAAGUUGGGAACGGCUAAUUCAGUGCUGGAGAACCAAUUGAGAAACUUAAACAAACUUUCUGAAGAUCAUUGGGAAGCCUAUGAAUAUAUAGUGCGGUCCUGUAGUCAUCUCACAUGCAUGAAGUGGACAGAGGUGGCUACUAAUCAGCACCAGGAAUUGGUUGUUAUGUCAUUAUUGGCUGCUAGAGAUGCUUUCCUUGAAAUAAGGCUUCAUAUGCGAGAGAUGGGCGUAGCAGCUGGGGUUCCAAUUGAGCCGGAAUCACAAACUCAACUUCUGGACGCCACUAUGAAUAUGGAAGGUGUUCUACUAGCUGGUGUUCCUGGAGCAGGUGGCUUUGAUGCAGUUUUCUCUGUGAUCUUGGGUGAAGCAAGUGAUGCUGUAGCGAGUUUCUGGAGCUCAGUUGGUGUCCUACCACUUCUUGUUCGAGAAGACUCUCGGGGUGUUUCAUUGGAAGCUGGUGAUCCAAGAGCGAGGGAAGUGUCAACCGCUGUUGCAUCAAUACAGAUUGACUGAUACUCCUGUCGAACAAUUCUGUACUUUUUCUAGGGUGUAUUGUGGUGUCUCGUUCAUUUAGCUCAAAAAGUUUCAUGGUUAGAAUAAGUGCUCAGCACGGAGCAGGAUAUUAUGUUGUUGACAGGAAAGUGCUUGAGUGAAAAUGAGAAACUUUAGUUACUUAAAUGGAAUGGAAGUAGUGCCUGUAGGCAUGCAAUGCACGGGAAGUGUGCAGAUUUUUCGACAAGUUCAGGAUAGUCUGAUAAAAUUUGAAUCCUCUAUUUGAUUUUUGUUAGGGUUUUCCAUGGUAGAA